AAAAUAGUUCAGUUGAUCUUCAGCGUCGGACAAGGCACCAUGUUCCUAAGAAUUUCCAUUUUUCUCGUGGUUGUGGGCUCCACUUUUUGCAAGGUUUUGAUCAACGUUGAUCAAUGUAGCAGCAAUGAGCAGGUCGUCGUGACAAACACAAAAACAUAUUGCUGUGAAAAUUUGAAGGAUAUUGUUGAAAAUGCGACGAGGUCUGUGCUGGACGAGUACAUCGCUAGGACGAAGUAUACGGCCGGUCCUACACCUUCUUCUUCUCCCGUGACAUUUCCAGGUGAUUGUCAAGGCGUAUUGGAGCAGGGAAAUAUCGAAACUGGCGUAUAUACCGUCUAUCUAGAGGGAUCGGAAACAUCUGCAUUCGACGUCCGAUGUGACAUGGAGACCGACAAUGGAGGAUGGACUGUUUUCCAAAGGCGGGUGUCUGCUUCAGACUUCAAUAAAACAUGGGAUGAGUACAAACAUGGCUUUGGAGACUUGGAUGGCAACUUUUGGCUCGGCAAUGACAAAAUUGUCUCCUUAUGUAGUGACGAACCCUGUAUGUUGAGGAUUGACAUGGAGUGGGGCGGCGAAACUCGCUAUGCACAGUAUAGUAGGUUUUCGGUAGAAAAAGAAUCUCGAAACUACACGCUUCACGUGGAUGGAUACAAUGGCACCGCAGGGGAUAGUUUAGCGUAUCACGAUAACAGAGAGUUUUCAACAAAUGACCGAGACAACGAUGCUAGUGUAACCGACUGUGCAAAAAGAUUUUUAGGAGGAUGGUGGUAUAACAGUUGCCAUUAUGCAAAUAUGAACGGUGACUAUGGAAAUACAGUAUUCGGCAAAGGGAUGAACUGGUACACCUGGACUGACCAUUAUGGUUCCCUUUCUAUGACUGAAAUGAAAAUUCGACGCGCACCACGAAACUAAAACGUAUUUUACGUGUCACGUUAAACAAUCUUCGGCAAUUGUUUAAAUCAAACCUUGCCAACGUGUACUGUUUAUUUCACUGUUGUUCGUUUUUCAAAAAUCAAUCGUUAACCCUGAAUAUGUUCCAAGGUCCAGAACUUGUAAACUUCGGUAAACAAGGGUUGAUAAAAAUUAUAUCCAUUUUUUUAUUAUAAUUCAGUAACUUUAGAAGAAAAGAUUUUUACAUCUAUUGUUUUUAAAUGUUUUAAUUACAAAUAUAAUUUUCCCAAAAAAAACACACAGAUGGAUUAAGUCCAGUUUACCGUUUUAAAUUGUUCCUUUUGAGAAUGUCAACAAGGAAAAUGUUUUUAAGUAAGAGUUUAAUGUAAAUAUCUGAAUAUAUGCUUCUUAUUUGAAUUUGGCAUAAUGUCAGCAAAAUUGGCAUAUAAAAGCUACGCAUAUAGUCCAACAAUAUACAAGGUGUUGACAGGUCAAAUAAGAAGAAAACUCAAAAAUAUCAAUUCUUGCAAAUAUUCGGCAUGUACUUAAACUCAAUUAACAGGUGUUAAAGAAUCAAUCGUGAAUUCUUAAUAUGUCACUAAUACACUAGCGGAUUAUAAUAAACACUGAUUGGUUUCAUGUAUUUAUUAUCGACAUUGAUAAUAAUAAUAAUUCAUAGAUUUGUGUCAUUAACGCAUAUUUAUUUUUCAGUUUGGUAUUAUUUGUGUUACCAUUUUCGUAUGUGUUGCCAAUUUCUGAAUCGCGUUGUCUUGGUAUUUAUUAUUCAAUCAAACAUAAUAAACAAAAUUAAUGCUAUAAAGAUUUCAAAAAGUUUACAUCUGUGAAAUAAUGUCCGAGAGCUGUGACCUUUCAAUCGGUGUGCUUACAACCCUGUGACGCAUCCUGUAGCAAAACAUAUUUUUAAGCAGAGAAAACCUGACUCAUUUCUAAAAACCAAAAGUUCUCACGGCCGUUUAUUAAGUUUCGGUAUUUUUUAUUUGCAACGAAUAAUGUAUUGAUAAAUCAAACCUGGUUCUGUGAGCUUAUUUUGGUGAUGUUACAUGUUUGAACACAAAGACUAAAACACGA